AUGGCUGCCGCUCAGUUGGCAGAAUGGCUGCGCUUCAAUGCCUCUGCACCUGCCGUCAAGCCUACUAUGUUGCCAGCAUCAUACUACCAGUUUCCACCCUCAAAUGAACCGACGACUCUGCCUCCUCCUCCAAACCAUUCCAACUUCGCGCAUCCUUUCACCAUCCCAUCCGAUAUCUACAACAACCUACUGUCUGCGCACGUGCCCAUCACCAUCGCUCUGGUCUACGCUUCCAUUGUGACGGUACUGAACUCAGUCAAUCGCAAUCGCAAGUACAAGCCAUGGGCCAUCAGCAGGACAAGGCUGUUCAAGCUGUUUGUGAUCCUCCACAAUCUUUGCCUCGCCAUCUAUUCGGCAUGGACAUUUGUGGGCAUGGUAAAUGCACUACGCUUGGCUCUACCUGCCUUGAACCAGAAUACUCCUCUCAGCGCGACCGUCGAUGCUCUCUGCAAACUACACGGCCCCCGAGGACAUGGCAAUGCUGUAACCUAUAAUUCAACUACCAGUGUUUGGGGAUUCACCAAUCGAAUCUUUCACCUUGCUGCAGAUGGACUCGCACCAGAGACGACCGAUGUGGGCAGGAUUUGGAAUGAGGGUCUGGCGUUCUAUGGUUGGAUCUUCUACCUGUCCAAAUUUUACGAGGUCAUUGACACCUUCAUCAUCCUGGCCAAGGGCAAGAAGAGCAGCUUCCUCCAGACAUACCACCAUGCUGGGGCAAUGUUGUCAAUGUGGGCUGGUAUUCGAUACAUGUCCCCUCCCAUUUGGAUGUUUGUUCUGGUCAAUUCGGCCAUCCAUGCCAUCAUGUAUACCUUUUACUUGAUGUCCACAAUCGGAGUCCGCGUCCCGAAAUGGUUUAAGCAAACAUUGACGACACUACAAAUUUCACAAUUUGUUGUCGGUGUUUUCUACGCUUUUACUCACCUGUUUGUGGCCUACCAAAUACCGGUCAGUGUGCCAUACCUCUAUCGUCUCGGAACCGCAGCCUCUUCAGUUCUUGCAAAUGCCCCGAGCAGCGUUUCUUCGGCCGUGUCGAUUGCUACUUCUACUGCAUCUGCCGGUACAGGGGCUUGGCUCAAGAAAAUUGCUCUACGCGCCGCUGGCCACGAAGGUUUGGCAGAGAAUGUGCUUAACGAACAGGGUCGACCUUUUGGUAUCGACGCGAUCCAUAUUGCUGAGGAUCUUGUGAACAAGGAAGAGACUCGGUAUAGAGAUGAGCUUCAAUGGGUCAACUGCCUCGAUACAAGUGGUCAAGUCUUCGCAAUUCUUGUGAAUGUCGUAUACCUUCUUCCACUGACAUGGCUUUUCGCUCAAUUCUUCAUCACAUCUUAUCUCAAACGGGUUGAAAGAAGAAGAAGCAGUACAGCUAGCGAGAUGGCAAACACUGCGCGUCUCAGCCUUAGAGAUGCUUCCAAGGGAGUCGCGCGCAGAUUGAGCGAGGCUGUUGAAGAGAUGCACACCACUUCCGGCGACAUUGGAGAUGAUGCAGUAUUCGUGGAUGGUGAUGAAGUUAAGAGAGAAUUCAGAGAAUCUAUUGAAAAAGCCAAGCAGGGCAUCUCUCAGGGUGCUACAAAGUUAAAAAACUCCGCACAGGGUCCAAAUGCCGAGAAAGUCAAGCAGGAAGUACAACGGGAUCUCGAGAAACUCCGCAAGAAUGCUCACGGCGCAGCUGACAAAGUUGUGGCAGCGGUUACGGACAAGAAAAAGCAACAAGAUGUCAAAGCCAAGGCACAGAAUGUCAAAGACACUGUGACCGAGGCUGUAGACUCCGCGGCUCAGAAUGUUAAGCCCACAGUGGAGAAGGCUGCCGACAGUGUUAAACCAGCUGUAGAAAAUGCAGCUGAUACGGCAAAGUCAGUUGGCAACAAAGCCGUGGAGACAGCCGGCUCGGCAUCUGAGAAAGCUACGAAGAUCCCUAAAGCCGUAUCUCAGAAGGCGAAUGAACAACGCGGUGGAAAUGGUUCAUCAACAAAGGAUAACGUGAGAUCAGGUGCCGACGACAAAGAAGGAGCCAAGACUGAAACACCUGCAUCUUCACCGGAACCACAGGAGUCCUCAAACGAAAGUGGCACCGGCGCCGAAGAGGCGACCGGUGGUCAGGGGAAGGCAUCAACAUCGGAGGACGUAGGGAAGGAGAGCAGCAAAGCCUCACCCAAGAAGCUCAGCAGGAAAGAAAAGAAAAAGAAGACGGAGGACAAGAUCAUUGAUGAGAGCAAAGUUGUCAGAGCUGAGGAAGUCAACACCGAUACUGGUGCGAGCACCACCAAGGAAGAGACCAAGGACAUUAAGGCUGAAAAGUCAGGUGAUGGAGAGGUCGAGGCUGAGGCUCCAAGCGAAGUUAGAGAGGGUACGAGCUUUGCUGACGCCGUCAAGGAGUGA